AUGGAUGUUGAUCAGCAGAUUUUUAAACUGGAUGGAAGUGAUUUGUGAGUUUUGAGAUUUUUGAAAAAAAGAGGGAAAAUCUGGUUUUCAGAGAGAUUAAACUUCCGAUCAUCGAAUCGUUGUAUAAAUUUGGAAAGAUCUCAAAAACCGACAUUGUACAUAUUUCGGAUGGUCCGAAUUCACCAUUUCAUGUAUAUACACUUGGUAGGUUAUUUUUGGGAGGAAAAAUUUGCUGUUUCAGAAAAUCUUGAUUUUUUUCAUUGGGAAAACUCAGUUGAUGAGAUCCGUUCAUGCACACUCAAAAAAUUUGGUUUGAAAAAAUUUAAAACAUUUCGAUGGAAGCUCAAAUUUUUUUGGAAAAAUUUACUGUUUCAUACAAUGUUGAUAUUUUUCUUGAGACCAUGUUUUAAGAUUAAACGAUGUUUUUAAACUGAUUGAUUUUCCAUGGAGAAAUAUUAUUGAAAAAAUUCACUGUUUCAAAAAUUCAUGAUUUUUCUCAUUGGGAAAAGUCAAUCGAUUGUUUGCUAUAUUAACAAGAACCUUCCGAAAAAUUGUAAAAGUGACAAAAUUUCGAUUUAAAUGAACUUCAUAACAUUGAAAUUGGAUUUCAUAUAAAUUAAGCUCAAAAUGUUGUUCAGCGAGAAUUCACUGUUUCAAAAAAUGUUGAUAUCUUGUGCGACAAAAGUGAGGUAAUGAAAUCAAACUUUGUAACACUGAAAUUGUAUUUGACUAAAAUUAAGCUCAAAAUGUUGUUUAGAGAAAAUUCACUGUUUCAGAAAAUGUUGAUUUUUCUUUUCGAGAAAAGUCAGUUGAUAGACAUCUUCUCUUCAAAUAAAAAAAAGUAUUUGAAAAAAAAAUCUUUUGUAAAAAUUCGAGCUCAAAAUUUCUUUCUCGAAAAUUUCACUGUUUCAAACAAUUUUGGUAUUUUUUUUGAGACCGGGUUUGAAGAUUAAACGAGGUUUACCAUUUUUGUAACUGAUUGAUUCCCAUGGAACUCUAGAGUUCAACGAAUUUCAUAUCGAAGCUUAUUUUGUUGAAAACCUUUCAAAAAAUAUUAUUGAAAAAGUUCACUGUUUCAGAAAACAUUGAAUUUUUCUGGAGACGAUGUUCAGAGAUUCCAAUAACUUCUUUAUUUCCAAACUCCACAAGCUUUGAUUCAAAAAAUAAUUGAGAAAAAUACUAUCAUAAAAUCAAUAAAAACAACAUUUGUGUGGAAAAAAUUCACUGUUUCAAAUCAUUGUUGAAUUUCACAUCUAUUUGAAAAUAAUUGAUUUCAAAUUCUUUUGGAAAAUCACUUCUUCUCCAAAAACGGCUUCAAAAAUAAAGAAAAAACAUUGAAAUAAUUAAUUGUUUCAGACAAAAAAUUGAUUUUACCUCCCCAAAGAAUUUUCAAAAAAAUCCCCAAUUUUUCCAGAAACCCUUCAAUCUCUCUAUGGCACCCAAUAUCCAUUUCGACGACAAAAUUUCGAACCAAUUCCGAGAAAUUGCAAUUUAAUUGAUGAUUUUGCAUCCUCCUCUUCAUCUUCUUGUUUAUCAUCAGAUAUUGAAUCAGAAGAAGAAGAAAAACCACAAGAAAAACUGAAAUCCAAAAGGAAAAGUGUAUUUUUGGAUGAGGACAAAAACAUUGUUGUUAAAUUCGAAAAAGACCUUCCGGCAAGUCAGAAAAUCAACAUUCUCCCAUUAUUUUCCAAGGAGCAAACAGAGGAUUUGAUAUACGGUGAAGAAGUUCGAAAAUCAAUAAUUGAUCUACGAAAAUUGGCGCCACUGCCUUGGGAAAAUAAACCGGAAAUACUGGAGAAAUUCAAAGAUUUUGAAAGAAGCUCGGAAAAUGUGGUGAAAUGUGAAUUGUGUGAUUUUACACCGUUUUCUGCACAACUUGUUAUUCAGCAUAUUUUUCGAGAUGAACAUUUGGAAAAGGUUGGUUUUUUUGCCUGAAAAUUGGGAAAAAACAUUGUUUUUUCAGCUCAGCACAUUUGGAGCAUCGAAAAAAUCGCUGAAAUAUUGGAUGGAUCGAUUUUUGGCGGUGAAUCAGACGAUGGCUUUGGCUAUACAAAGUUUGUUUUUAUUUUGGCUGAAGGGAUUGAGAAGCUGAAAUAAUGUUUUUCUUUGAAACAGUAAAUUUUUUAAAAGAGAAAAUCUUCUUCUAGUGAAAUUUCGAAGCUUUUAUGAGCAAGAAUGUUUUUUUUCAUAUUUUAUUUUGAACACCUCAACUAAUUUAAAAAAUUCUGUUUCAAAUUUUUUAUGAGUUUUUUGAAACAGUUAAUUUUUUAGAAGACAAAUCUGAUUUUUUGAUAAAAAUUGAGGGCUUUUGUUUUUUAUUAUAUAACCUCGUCAAAAUACGUUUCAAAAAUUUGAUAAAUAUUUGAAACAGUGAGAAAUAAUUGAUUACUUAGGGCUUCCCGGUACUUGAAAAUUUCAAUUAAUUUAUUUGAUUUUAUAAUGGAAACAGAAGAAAUAUGAUUAAUUUCAUUUCCCUUCUGACAAAAAUAUGAUUCUUUUGAAACAGUGAAAUUUUGUAAGCCUUCUCAAAACACAUUUCGAGAAUUCCAAAAAUAUGAAACAGUGAAAAAUUAAGUAAUUUUCAUAAGAACAAUUGAAAUCAUUUUCCUAUAAAAUUAUUUAUGAGUUAUUUGAAACAGUGAACUUUUUUUCCAGAAAUUUUGAAAUUGUUAAUUUUUUCCUAUUGAAAUUAAUAUUGAGCGAACCUCGUCAAAAUACGUUUCAAAAAUAUGAUAAAUAUUUGAAACAGUGAGAAAAUGUAUUCAUUCGCAUACAUGCGUUUCAAAUUUCAGGAGCCGAAAUCUUCAACAAAACAAUUCCUUUGAUGUUUGACCCAAGUGACAAAUCGCUCGGAAAAAGAAGUCCAUUUUCAAAUGGAAAUAAAUUGAAAGGUCUUGUCGAAAAAAUCGAUGAAAAUGCUUUUAACAAACAUGGCGAAUUUUUCUCGAUUUUUCUGGAAACUAUUGGAUAUCCUGUGAGUUUUAAUUCAAAAAAACAUCAAAAAUUAUCUUCAAAAAAUUCCAGACAAUUUGCAAAAUGUGUAACAAUCUGAAAUUGUCGCGCUAUCCAUUUGCUAUAAUUUCUCACAUUGUCUCGGAAGAGCAUUUGAAAAAAUUGAAACAACACGGAUAUUAUACGAGUGAUUAUAGUUUUUGGUGUCAAACUUUGCAUAAUUUUGGACAUUUGAUUAACAAAAAUGAGAAGAAGAAGAAAGAAAUGGAGAAAUCAGUGAUUGUUGAGACGAAAAAUGUGGUUGAGAAGGAAAAAUUGGCUGACAAGGAAUUGGCGAAAAGAAAAGCAGUGGCUUUGCAAAGUGAGUUUUUUUGGCUGAAAAAUUCUAGAUUUUCUACUGAAAAUUUUUUCAACUCAUUCCAGAAGCUCGAGAAUGGCAAAAGAUCCCAUUGAUGUUCGACCCGAAAAACAAAAAUUUGCCAAAACGAAAAGCGUGGAAAAAUGGAAGUGCUCUCCGAAAAUUGGUCGAAAAACUCGAUGAAAACUCAACAAAUCAUCAAGACUCGUUUUUCAACUGGUUUUUCUUUGGAAUUCGCGAUCAUUUUGUAGUGGUAAGUACUUUUUUGUGAAAAUAUGUAGGUUAUAACCUUUUUGUCAAAUGCUGAAACCAUUUUUUUCCAAUUUAUCUGGAAAACGUUUACUGUUCACCAAAAAUCUACCGAUUUCUGCUCCAAAUAAGCCUGAGCCUAAAUAAGCCCAGGCCUAGCUAGACAUGUUCACAUAUUACUUUUUUGGAGCAUCGGUUACGGGUUGAAGAUUUCAAUUUUUCAUCCCGAAAUCGCGAUGCUCAAAUUGCAAAAAUUGUCAGAAAUUUAUAUGGAAAUUUUGAAACAGUAGAAUUUUUCGAAUUAAAAAAUUUGAGCGAAAAUGAAUUUUUUGGUUGUAAAUCCCACUGUUCAAUUAAUAUGUCAUUUUUCCCUAAAUUUAUAUGAAAAUUUUGAAACAGUAGAUUUUUGAAUACUAGAUUUUCAUUUUUUACGACUCGUAGCUCACAUCCUUCAAUUAAUAAUUAUUUUUUCCAAUGAUUCUUAUAAACAAUUUUGAAACAGUGGAUUUUUGGAACUAAACAUAUACGUGAAAUUGGAUUUUCAAUGUUUCCCAAAAUUUAUAUGAAAAUUUUGAAACAGUGGGAUUUUUUUGGAAUUGAAAAUUGAAUUUUUCACACAAAAUUUUCAAAAAUUAAUAUUCAUAGUUAUAAAAAAUUUUUGCACGAACUUCUAUAAAUAUUUCCCAGAAUUUAUAUGAAAAUUUUAGAACAGUGUAUUUUUUACACUGAAAAAGUUGGAGUGAAAAUAAAUUUCUUGCCUUCCAAGUCCCUUAACUCAAAAAUUCAUUCAAAACCUAUUUUUGCAGGGUCUCCCAUGUCCAACUUGUUCUGAACCUUUGACCAAAGGCUAUCCAUAUUCAAUAAUUUGUCAUCUGGUUUCUGAUAAACAUUAUUCGAAAUUAAAGGAACAUGGUUUUUAUGAAAAUGAAUAUAGUUUUUGGUGUCAAUCAAUUCAUGAUAAUCGAACUCAUUUGUUCAAAAAAGAACAAAAAUCUGCGAAAAAAAAUGUAUCGCUUCCACUUUUACAAAAAUCGGAAAAUUGCGAUGAAUUUGUGGAUGUUAAAAAACGCGAAAAACUAUUGGAUCAACUUGAAAAUCGAUUAUCAGCUGUGGAUAAAUUGGAAUUCAAUUUAUCUGAGAAAAUGAAAAUCGCAAUGAAGAAUUCAGGAGGAAAUGCGAAAUGUGAAUUUGGAUGCGGAGAUGAUUUAUUGAUUCCGCUGGUUCCGUCGACAAUCGUUGAACAUUGUUUGCAGCAAAAACAUCGAGAAGCAUUGUUGAGCUAUGGUUUCUGUCAAGAGGAUUUUGGAUUUUGGUCGAGUGAACUGGCGGUUUAUAAGGCGAAGAAAUAUGAUUAUCGACAGGAAUUGGGAAGAAGUUGGUUCUUUUUUAGGGAAAAUUUUCACUGUUUCAGAAUUUAAUUUAAUAUAAAUUUGGAUAAAUUUUUCUUCUCUUCUCAAAAUCUCUCAUUCUUUCAGAUGUUCCCCGAAUUCCUUUAAUCGACAUCGGCGACACUCGUCCAACAACAAAACAUCAACGAGAAGAAUCAAUUCAGAAACUCAAUAAAUUAUGGGAUUCCGUGACAGCCAAGGAUUUCAACAAUUCUGCCGUUUCUCUGAUGCAAAUCAAUAAAUUAGGCACUUGUCAUGCUUGUAAACUCCCACCGGCUUGUUUUUCCAACCCGGUAGCUUUAGCUUCUCAUGUUUUCUCACCUGAACACAAGAAAUUUAUUAUUGAGUAUGGAAUUCGCAAUUCUGAUGUGAAGUUGUGGAGUGGAUUGCUGAAAAAUGCGAAAAACAGAACUUCUCCUCAACCGCAACCUCCGCAGCCAAAAGUUGAACAGAAACCACAAGUAGCAGCUGUAUCUACAUCUCAAGAAAAGAAAGUCGAGGAAUCGAAUGCAAAAUCGAAAAAAGAGCAACGAAGAGAAAAAUAUGCUCCAAAUCCCCCAAAAAGAGAGGUCCCACGAGUUCCACUUCUUGAUAAACCACUCGAAAAUCAUGAAUUAUUGAAAGAUGAAACUGAGAUUCUAAGAACAUGGAUGAGUAUGAAGAAUAUUGUAAAGAAUCCGAUUAAAAGAACGUGUUAUAUUGCGAUUAUGGAUAAACAUUGGGUGAGUUAAAGGAACUUGUGGUUUUUUGGGUUUAAAAAAAUAAAAUUUUGAGAAAAAAAAGUUAAAAAAAAGAAUAGGCUCAAAAUUGUGAUAAAUGACUGAAUUUUGGUAGAAAAUUUUCAGAAUUAAAAACAUAUAAAAUUUAUUUUUUUUGAAAACCAAAAUUCUUUUUGAAUGAAAAUUUCUUGAAAAUUGGGUUUGUGCCAAAAAUUUGAAAUAAAUAUCCACGUAGAUUUUUUUUUCGCAAAAACACAAUUUCCAUAUUUUCAAUAUUUUCCAGUUCUACUGCAAUAUUCUGAAAAUUUUGGAAUUUUCAGAGCCUGAAAAUAGUGCUCAAAACUUUGUAAACCCAAAAAUUCGAUGAAUUUUAUAUGUUUUCUUGAAAAGUUCGAAUUUCGGACAAAAAUUUGGUCCAAAAACUUUCACGCCAAAAUUUCUCAGAAUCCCUGUUUUCAAAUUGUUUUAUUUUCAGUUCUACUGCAAUAUUUGCUACAAAACUCCCGACGAAGGAUAUCGUCUCGUAAUGUCUGGCCGACUAAUCCAUCAUAUUUUCUCACAUCAACACCUCAAGAAUUUGAAAGAAUUUGGAAUAAGUCGAGAAGAUUUGCAAUAUUGGAAAGAGCUUUUUGAUAAAACAAUAACAUCUCAAAAAUAUCCGUCAUCUCCCAUCCCAUUUUUAUAUUCGAAUAUUGAUAAUCAAGGAUUCAUGAGAAAUCGGAAAUUGUCGGAAAAUGUGAUUCGAGAAAAAUAUGCGAUUUUGCGGGAGAAAAUUGGAAGUAUUCGAGAGGACGAAUUCAAUGAGAUAUUCAAACCAUUAGCUAACAGGGUGAGAGUUAAUUAAUUGAAUACUUAAUUACGUAGUUAAUUAAGCAUGAUCGAGAUCGUUGUAUUUGGUGUGAUCACCCUUUCAAACACAAUCCAUCAAUUCUUGCAAAACAUAUUGGCGAAGAAAAACAUUUGGAAAAUGUUAUCAAAUAUUGUCUGGUUUCGGAAGAUGAUUUUAGAGAAUGGUUUGAUAUGUUCAAGUUUAUUGAAUGUGGGUUUUUUGGAGGGAUUUUAACGGGAAACAAUAACCGAAUAAAACCUUAUGGGGUGAGUCAAUCGAAUUAAUCGACGUGUUUUUUGCGAUUAAUUGACAAAAAAGUGAGUCUUUUAGGGCGAUUGAUUUCACGUUUUUGUCAAUUCAUCGCUUUCAUUUCUUGGCAAAAAAUGCAAUUAAUUGCAUAAAAAAUAUAAUUUAUUUGACCUAUAUUUUAAAACUUGACCUAUAUGAGUUGGAAUUAUCAACAAAAAAUCAAUUUCCCUCAAUUUUCUUUCAUUUCAAAAUGAAUCCAAAAAAUAAGCAGUGAAUUUGGGACACGUUUCAAAAAAAGAGGUCAAAUAAAUUCUAUUUCGUAUUGAAAUUCCUCAUUUUUGAAUGCAAUUAAUUGCAAAAAAAGAUGAAAUUAAUGGACAAAAACGUGAAAAAAUCGCACAAAAAUGACUCACAUUUUGUGUCAAUUAAUUGACAAAAAAUAAAAUUGACUCAUCCCAUUAGUUUUGAACCUUAAUUAAUUUUGAAAGCGAGUUUUUAAUCAGAUUCUAAGCUCCUAAAUAAUAAAAUCCACUUUUUCGGAAUCAGAGCCCAAAAAAGAGCCGUAAUUUAAUUGGGGAAUGUCUAAAAUAGUUGUGAAUUCCAAAAGAAGUACACAGAAAUAAAUUAUGUGUGCGAUAGAGCAAACUUGAUUGUCCAAAAUAGAUUUAUUUUGAUUUUCUAGGGGUUCGAGAAGAACAACAAUUGGAAUUGGAUAUGAUUUUCGAUGAGGAGAAUUUUGUGCCAAAGCCUGAUCCUUUGUACGAUGAAGGUGAAAAUGCUGUUAGUGCAUAUGUGAAAAUGAUGAAGGAAUCGAAACCGGUGGCUGUUGCUAGACCUAAUGUGAGUUUUUUUGUUGGAAAACAUUUAUUUAUGAUGUAAAUUUUGGCUAAAAAAAAUAAAAUUAAGAAACUGAAAAACUCGAAAAAUGCAAGGGAAUCUCAUAUAUUUCAUAUUUUAUCCCAACGUAUAUUUUUGCAGGUUCAAACAGCUAUUGUCAAGCCUCAAACACCUAUUGCAACAUAUACUAUCAAGCCUCCAGCUCAAAUUCAAGAUGAAUAUUAUGAUCUCCCACUAAUGCGACGAAACAAUCAAUAUCGUGGAAGAGAUUUCGAAUGGCCACCGCUUGCUCAUUUGAUUUGUGUUCGAAAAGGAUUGAUAAGAUCGACUGGAUUCGCUGGAACAAAAAGGAAGAAAUGCAGAGUUUGUGAUACAUCUGUCGAUCCAUCAAUUAUCAUUGAACACGUUUAUUCAUAUUCACAUAUGAAUAAUGCAUUCGAACAAGGUUAUCGUUUCACAAGCAAUGAUUAUGAUAUGUGGGAUAGUUUGAUGAUGGGUAAGUAUCAGGCUUGUGAGGAAAAUAGGUUGUCGGAAAAUUUCGGAAAACCGUGUUUUUCCGAAAUCAUCCGGUCGGAAAAAGUUUUCCGAAGUUAUUUUCCGACUUUUUAUUCCCGGAAAAAAGUUUUCCGGCUGAUUUUUCCGACUUAAUUUUUUUUUUUUUUCAAAAAAAAAAACAUCAUUUUAUUUUUUAGAGAAACGAGCCAAUUCGAUAUCUGUUAUAUCACAUCAAGCUCAUUGGUAUGAUUUACAAAAUGUUUAUAUUGGAAUGGCAUUGCAUGUGUAUAUGGAAAAUCAUGUUUCGCUUUCUAAUUAUAUUGAUGAAACUCGUUUUAAUCGAUUAGCGGCAUCUUUAUUGAAACCGGUCAGUCCACAGUGUGUAUUUUACUAACUCAAACAGCUAGACCUCAAAUUUUCAAAAAUUUUCUUGUAGAUCAAAAAUAUUUUACUCUAAAUAUCUCACUUUUGAAUUGAAUUUCGUCGUUUGUAGUCCCACCUUAAAAUUUGUUUCAGGUCUCAAAAAUUACGGGAAAUUUUUUGGGUAGUAAAACAAACUCUGUGCAGUCUCGGAGACCUUUUUUAUUCAAAGUGUUCUGUUUUGCAGGCUGGUUGUCCGGUUUGCAUGAAAUGGUUAUUAUCACCGUUGGAAGUCGCUCAACAUUUAGUCAAACUCGAGCAUAUUCAACAGGUUAGAUUUUUCUGAUUUUCCCGAAUCAAUUAUAAUUUGCCAAAUUUUCCAGAUGAGAUUGUAUAGACAUGAUGUGAAAGAAAAAAUGAUGCAACCAAUAUUCACAUUGUUAAUGGAAUGCCAAAAACAACCGCAGAAAUUCAGAUUUGGGUGGAAUAAUUCGAUUGAGACUAUUCCUCCACCAGUUGCUGCUAUUCGAACAAUUCGACCUUCUUCGACAUUCAUAAGCCCAGCAAGAGGACCACCGCAACAACAAAAUAGUGAAUGGUGAGUGAAUUUAUUGAAAUACGGGUGGUGGGAGCCAAAUUUUUAUCAAUAAUGCACCAGAUUUUUUUUGGUCAAAAUUUCACGAAUUCUCCAUCUUUCUCCCGCCACAUGUGAAGUUUUGUUUUGCAAAAGUUAAUCUUCAAAUUUCUUUCAGGACAUGUUCGUUGAUGUAG